AUGGAGGCGCGGCUGGCCCUCGUAGUCGUCGCGCUCCUCGCGUCCGCGCCCGCCGGCGGGGCGAACGUCUUCAACGCCAAGAACUACGGCGCCAAGGGCAACGGCGUCGUUGACGACACCAAGCCUCUGAUGGCGACGUGGAAGGCGGCGUGCGGGACGGCCGGCGCCGUGACGAUGAUGGUGCCGGCGGGGAUCUACCACAUCGGCCCGGUGCAGUUCCACGGCCCCUGCAAGGCAUCCACCUUGACCUUCCAGCUGCAGGCAAGUCGUCGGUCAGAUCAUCAAUCAGCUGCCUGCGUGCCAGGGACGCUCAAGGCCGCGACGGACCUGAAGCGGUUCGGCAACGACUGGAUCGAGUUCGGGUGGGUGAACGGGCUCACCGUCACCGGCGGCACCAUCGACGGCCAGGGCGCCGCGUCCUGGCCCUUCAACAAGUGCCCCGUCCGCAAGGACUGCAAAGUCCUGCCCACAAGCGUGCUGUUCGUGAACAACCAGAACACGGUAGUGAAGGACCUGACGUCGGUGAACCCCAAGUUCUUCCACAUCGCGCUGCUGUCCACCAAGAACAUCAAAAUGAGCGGGCUCAAGAUCAGCGCGCCGUCCAACAGUCCCAACACCGACGGCAUCCACAUCGAGCGCAGCGCCGGCGUGUACAUCAUGGACACGCACAUCGCCACCGGCGACGACUGCAUCUCCGUCGGCCAGGGCAACGACAACGUGGACGUGGCCCGCGUGCAGUGCGGCCCAGGCCACGGCAUGAGCGUCGGCAGCCUGGGGCGCUACGCCGGCGAGGGCGACGUCACGCGGGUGCACAUCCGGGACAUGACCUUCACGGGCACCAUGAACGGUGUCCGCAUCAAGACGUGGGAGAACUCGCCCACCAAGAGCAACGCCGCGCACAUGAUCUUCGAGAACCUCAUCAUGAACGACGUCCAGAACCCCAUCAUCAUCGACCAGAAGUACUGCCCCUACUACAACUGUGAGCACAAGUACGUGUCUGGGGUGACGAUCAAGGACAUCCAGUUCAAGAACAUCAAGGGCACGGCGACGACGCCGGUGGCCGUGCUGCUCAGGUGCGGCGUGCCGUGCCAGGGCCUGGUGCUGCAGGACGUGAACCUCAAGUUAAAGGGGCAGGGCACCGUGUCGGCCAAGUGCGAGAACGCCAAGGCCAAGUACGUCGGCGUGCAGCUACCCAAGCCCUGCCCCUAGGUGGCCGAGUGCGUGCGUUCGUGCGGUAGGAUUUUUGUUUAGUCACCCACUCUGGCGUACCUAGCUAGUGAGCUCCAAUGGGCGGUGAAGUGAGCUUUUCGAUUCUUUGGUCGUGUUUUCU